CAGUAAUCUUAAUGAUAAUUUGUAAGUUUCACUAUAUAUCAACAAAACAGAGGAUGCUCUGUUUCACCAUCACUCAUCAACUCAUCAAUAGCUAUGACUACUACUCUCCAAAUCUCUUCUUCUCUUUUCACAUAUUUCUUUCUAAAGUUCUGUCUCUUCGUAAUCCCAUCUCUCUCAUCUGAUUCUGAUCCUUUACAAGACUUCUGUUUUGGCGAUCUCAAAGCUUCUCCAUCUAUCAAUGGCUUCCCUUGCAAGUCAGCCGUGUCUCUUUCUGACUUCUUCUACUCCGGCUUAGGUGGUCCCUUAGACACGUCGAACUCUGACGGUUAUGCUGUUGCUCCCGCCAACGUCCUUACCUUUCCAGGUCUAAACACCUUAGGACUGUCGAUGAACGACGUUGAAUUAGAUCCAGACGGUGUGAAUCCGCCUCACUCGCACCCACGGGCAAGCGAAGUAGGUACUGUGAUCGAAGGCUUGGUCUUUGUCGGGUUCUUGACUACCAACAACACUCUUUACUCGAAGACUUUAGAAGCCGGAGAAGCAUUUGUUAUCCCUAGAGGAUUGGUUCAUUUCCAAUGGAACGUUGGCCGAGUGAGAGCGCGUUUGAUAACCGCUUUUAACAGCCAGCUCCCAGGAACAGUUGUUCUGCCUAAUACUCUGUUUGGUUCGAACCCUCCAAUUCCAAACGCAAUAUUGGUCAGAGCGUUUAGGACUGAUUUUACAACUGUGCGCAAUCUCAAGUCCAACUUUUCUGGUUGCAGCUUUUAAUUUAUGUUUUCUAAAACGAUCUUUUGCAAUAACGCUUUAUCUAUCCUGUUUACCAGUUUUUGGGGAUUUUUGUUGAUUAUCUAAGACUAAAAGUAUAAUUCUGAUGCCAA